AUAUUAGCUAACAAUCAUCGAUAUUAGUUCCAGCUCUAGUUUUUGUUGUUGUUAAAUUAAAGCUCGGAUGUGAGUUACAAUAAUUUAUUUUGUCAAGUGACUGGCUGGAAAAGCCAAGAAGCACGGGCUUCGAGAAAAAGUGUCGCCGAGGCGGAUUAAACUUGAAUUCUUUGUGCGCAGCUGCAGGAACGUCAAGAUGCGUCAGUUUAACAUCUCGGUCAUUGGACUAUCCGGGACCGAAAAGGACCGCGGCCAGGUGGGAGUGGGCAAGUCAUGCCUGUGCAACAGAUUCAUGCGCCCAAUGGCCGACGACUACUUCAUCGAUCACAUAUCAGUGCUUAGCCAGAGCGACUUCAGUGGCCGGAUUGUGAACAACGACCACUUCCUCUACUGGGGCGAUGUGCGCAAGACGACGGAGGAGGGCGUCGAGUACCAAUUUAAUAUCAUCGAGCAGACGGAGUUCAUGGACGACUCCACGUUCCAGGCCUUUAAGGUGGGAAAGAUGGAUCCAUACUCGAAGCGGUGCACGGCCACCAAGGUAUUCUCCGCGGAGAAGCUUAUGUACAUAUGCAAGAAUCAGUUGGGCAUCGAGAAGGAGUACGAACAGAAGGUCAUGCCCGAUGGCCGGCUCAGUAUCGAUGGCUUUGUGGUCGUCUUCGAUGUGAGUCCAGUGCCCAAUCGCAGUGUGGAGAAGCAGGUGGAGUUCGUGCAGAACGUCAUCGCCACCAUACUGAAGAACAAGAAGCCCCUGGUGCUGGUGACCACAAAGAACGACGACGCCUAUGAGUUGUAUGUUCGUGAGGCGGAGAAGAUUAGCCAGCGAAAGGACUACAAGAGCACCGUGCAGCUAAUUGAGACGUCGGCCCACGAGAGCAUCAACAUCGAUUUGGCCUUCCUCCUGCUCGCCCAGAUGAUUGACAAGGUUAAGAACCGGGUCAAGAUCAUCUCGUACCAGGAGUCGGCCAAGUCGCGUAAGGAACUGCUGGACACACGAUCCGAAGCGGUGACGCGACUAAUUCGCAACCAGAUCACCGACUAUCAUAUCCUGUGGUCCCAGGGCUCCAAGAUGCUGUCGCAGUACCGCGAGUGGAACGAGUUCCUCAACAUAUUCGGUCACGAGGCCGGGCAGAAACUAUUCCGGCGGCACAUGAAAAAGCUGCGCGACGAUCAUCUAAACAAGAAACUGCAUCAGUACUUGGACAAGUUUGCCCUGGCCCUGGAGUACCUGCUGCCGGACAUUGGGGCUUUAAAUAUCAGCGAUGACGAUGCUUGGGAGUGCGCCAGGAACUAUCUGCAGAAUCACAUCGAGUUCGAGCAGUACUUCUUCGAGUGCCCGCAGGCCUCGUGGACGGAGCUGGUGGACAUGGACGAGGCGGAGGAUGAGGCCCGCAUUCCCUUCGAUGUGCUGGAGACUUCCGAGGCAGAGACCGUCUUCCGUAAUUACUUGAACUCGGUGCAGCAGGACAAGAAAAAAAUUGGAUGGAAACAGCAAUUCAAAAUGCUACUUGAGGAGUCGGGCUUUGUGACGCCCGGCAAGCAGCUUUCCGAGGUGCGCGUCCUGUUCAUGGGACGCGAAUGCUUUGAGGCGCUUUCGGAGCACGAUUGCCAGCAGAUCUACGACAUCCACCAGGACGACAUCAUCGAGAAGAGCAAACAGAAUUUUGUGGAGCUUCUGCUGGAGCACGCUCAAUAUUUUCUACAAUUCAAGAACGUGGACAACAUCACGCAGGAAGAUGUGCGCCAGAUCACCGAUGUCAUACAGGAGGAUUCACGCUACAAGAUGCUCGAUCGCUUGGACCAGGAGCGGCGUUUGAUGCUUGUCCAGCAUCUACGCUUCAUCCACUGCCCCAUUCGCGAUCACUGCCCCUUCUUCUACAACUGUGUGGAUAGCCUGAUUGAGGAGGUGUUAUCCGACAAGUCGGCCAGCAACCACAAGACGCCCAGCGGCGGUGGCUGGAAGAGUUCUGGCAGCGGCAGUGACCGCACGCUCAAUCUGCUGAUCGUGGGCUCCGAGCACCUGGCCAGCGAUCUACUCAACGACAUCCGCAUCUGCACCGGGAGCAAGGGCGAGUACAUCUACGAGAAUCAGACGUAUUAUCUCAAUUACCGAAUUGCCAACGGCGACAUGGAGGCCUUCAAGGCCAUUGAUGUCUACUCGAGUGGUCUCAUAUGCGUGUACUCCAACCAGCAAUCUUUUGAGACGCUCAAGGACAACUUGGAGCGCACGCUGCUCUGCAACCUGGAGCUGGAGGACAAGUUCGAGAACCUGCCGAUCGUGCUGGUCUACCAGCCACAGGACCUCAAGGAGAACGAGGUGGAAUACUUGCGCAACGAGGGCAUGCGCCUGUCGGAGAUGCUGCACUGCGACUUCAUCGAUCAUACGCAGAAUCACCAGAAGUACGUCUAUGACAUACUCAACAUAGUCAUACUGUCGCUGAAGCUGACUGAGAUGAAGAGCUACGAGCCGUAUCCCUCCAAUCACACCGACCUGCGCAUCCUGUGCUGCAUUUUUUGUGGCGAUCAGUACGACAUCGAGAACAUUGUCCAGCCGCUGGUGGAGGAAUCGACGCUGGUCAAAGCCAACGAACACUCCAUCAUUGUCGACGUCUUUAUUGGCGAUGCCAAGCGGCGGGUCGAGUUCAUUCUCUCCUCAUAUCAUGGCACCAGCCAGUAUCGCGAUGAACUAAUCCAUGGCUAUAUUUACUUUUACUCGGCCAAGCGUCGAUCUUCGUUGGCAAAUUUAAGCAUCCUGGCAGCCCAGAAUGCAAACAUUCCAUUGCAGAUUAUCGCGGUGACCGAGAGCGGGGGCGUUAAUGCCUUCUUCAACAGCGAUAUUUGCCAGUUUCUGAUCACCGAGGGCAAUGCGGUGGCCGAUCGUUUCAAGGGGAGCUUCAUGACCUUCUCGGCUGAUCAGUAUGUCAAGUUCGCGUUCUAUAAUCCAUUCCUGAAGACAGCCUGGGAUAACAAGUACGAGGUGGAGAACCUGCAUGUGGAGGAGUCAAUUACUUUGGAUUCGGGCGAGGGCACGCUGGAGAACUCGGUUAACCAGAUGCCACGCCCGCCGCCGCGCCACGAGAGCUACAUGCUGUCCAAUACGUUGGGAACCGACGGUUCCGGCAGUGAGAAUUACGAAAUGGCUCCUACCCGAUCUCUCAACUCAUUAAAUGAAGAAAGAGAUAUAUCAUUAGAUGAAGUCUACGAUGACAACGAAAAGCCGAAGCACCUGCAUCAAAGAUUCCAGAUAUUCCCUCCUCCAACAACUCCUCCAGAGCCAGCCCCUCCAGAUCAUCAGCUCAUUACAUGCACAUAUAAGAGUCAAUUCGUUUCGGCUUCAGAAUCAAGUUUGGAAGAAAUAACAUCGGAUGUCAGCGGGUCCAAGGAUUCACUGGCCACCCACGAUGCAGAGUGGCUGGAGGACAAGAGUGAUGGGCGGCGCAACAUGAACAAGAACUUGAUUUGGAACAACUUCAGCGGAUCCACGCAUGCCUACACCACCGGUCGCCGGCACAUCGACUCCAAUCUGAACAAAAUCCGCCCGAAGGGACCCAGUCAAACGCUCAAAGUGGGCGAGGCGCCCAGUCGCAAUUGCCCGGCCAUGAGCUCCUCCACCUUCACCCUGCCCACCCAGCAGCCGGGCAAGCUGAACAUGAAGAACUUUCAGCUGGUCAGCGAUGCGGUGGCCAAAAUGAAUUUCACCGGCUCCGGUUCGGGCUCGGGAUCUGGUUCGGGAUCGGGCAGCACUGGACUGGGCCUGGGUCUGGGUUCCGGCAGUGGCUGCAUGGGGGACUCGUAUCUGGAGCCGGGCGACAAGGACGGCAAGCGGUACGAUCAUGCCCAGUUGGAUGGCGAAGAUGAGGAUUCCGAGGAGCUCGCCGAGUACGAGCAGAUCUACGAAAAUGAAGACUGCACCGAAUCAGACAGCUGUGCCAGUUCCACGGAGCGACGGGUGCGCCAGCAGAAUGCCUACUACAAGGCCAGCAAGAAGCCGGUGGCCGCCAAGAAGCAGAAGAAAAAGAAGGUGGCCAUCCCGGUGCAGACACCGCGUGUUCCUCCGUUCGGCUCCUAUGUGAGUCCGCCGGAGAUUCCGCUGCACUACCAGCGCAUGGCCGUUGGCGGGCCAGGUGAGAAAAAGAAACCAGAGCCUUGCGUUCCGGAGUUCAUGAAGAGCGACAAGUCGCCAGAGUAUUCCAUGGUGCCAGAGCUGGCGGGUGCCGGCAUCUUCGGUGCAGAGAAUUUGCCCGAGUACAACAUGAACCAGGCCAAAUGCUUGAAGGACUUUGAGAAGCUGGAGAAGCGGCGUAUCAAGGAGGAAACGGCCAGGCAGCGCAAGCUCCAGGAGAAGGAGAAGGAGCAGGAGAAGAAGCUCAAGCGCAAACUCAAGCAGAAUGCCAAGGGCCUGGUUGAAACCGCGGAGGCGCAAUUUGGCAAGCUGAUGAUUACCUCCGAACAGGGCGAGAUCCCCAUCUUCCUUAACAAGUGCGUCGAGUUUAUCGAGAAGGAGGGCCUGGACUCCGAGGGCAUUUAUAGGGUGCCCGGAAGUAGAGCGCACGUCGACAUGCUGUUCCAACGCUUCGAAGAGGAUACCAAUACUGAGAUUGAUGCGCUGGACAUACCCGUGAAUGCCGUGGCCACGGCACUGAAGGACUUCUUCUCCAAGCGCCUGCCCCCGCUGUUCAGCAAGGACAUCAUCAAGGAGCUGGAGGAGAUUGCCGGUUCCCGAGGCGUGGGCAAUUCCAAGCUGAAUGUUGAGGUCAAAACGGACCGGAGUUGCCGCUUGAUAGCUUUAAAAUCGCUGCUCCAGAAGCUACCGCCCAUCAACUUUGCCAUACUCAAAUACAUAUUCCAGCACUUUGUGCACGUAUCGGACAACUCGAAGCUGAAUAGCAUGGACAGCAAGAACUUGGCCAUCUGCUGGUGGCCCACACUCAUACCCAUCGACUUCACCGACAUGGGCCACUUUGAGCAGCUGCGUCCGUAUCUGGAGGACAUUGUCCAGACAAUGAUUGACCAGUUCCCGUAUCUGUUCUGCGGCAAGGACGCUUUUGUCAUGGUCUAGGCCUAGAUCCCCGCCAGGCCAUGGCACACUGGGACUUCUACUUGACCGCCGGACGCGAAGCCAAAACGAGAUAGUUAGAUUCAAUGUGCGUUUGUGUAUGAAUGUGGGCGCCAGUGAGAUGUGUGCCAUGUGUGCUUUGUGUUUUUUGGGUGAUCUAAGGAGCAUAUUAGUAAUAGCCAUAGGGAGAAGGAGGCAGAAGGAAGCAGGAGGCGUUAGCAGGAGGCAGCCCAUCGAUCGAUCGAUUCAUUGAAAUGAGGAUCAGCAGCCAGGCAUAUACAUACAUAUUUAUGAUAGUAUAUAAUAUACUUGGGUCUAUUGUGUGCAGUGUGUGAUUCGUGAUUCGUGAUUGUGUGUGCGAGCGUGCGAGCGAGACAACAGAAUUUGGCUAAGUAGGGUAUAUUUAUUUUUUAUAUAUACAAUAUAUAUUUUGUAUCGAUGGCUUUGUUGUGUUUCCGUGAUAUAUGUAAACGCGUCAAGUAUUUUCUCUGUGUGGUGGUGCGUCCCUUUUGUCGUUGAAUCCAUUGAGUGAGACCUCCCCUCGCCGCCCCCCAUUCCCCGCCCCUCGGCCACCGCCAGCCCUCUCCCCCUCCUCCUCCCACCAUGGCACCCGCCACCCACAAACGCUCCUCCCAUCACGAGGGGCGGGGCGGGGGCGCCAACGACAACGCACAAAAACAAGAACAUAACUAAAAAGUAAAACAAAAAAAAACAGACAAAAACAACAACCAAGAUAUAUAUGUAUGAAAGCAUGGGGAGAUAUCUAGUAUGAUGUCAGGAAGAUGCAGGAAGAUGGUUAAAUAAAAUUUACUGUGUAUCUGUGUAUGUUAUAAAUGUAAUUGUAAUUGUAUGUUAAAAAUAAUGGGCGAUCAGCCAACCAAUUUCCACAUAAACACAAUAGCGAUAAUGCUAGAUAUAUAAUAUAUAUUUAAAUACCACUAAAUGUCUGUGUGUCUAGUGUAGGUGAAAGUAGGCGAGGUGUUGAAGGCUUUGGGGAGAAAGGACAAGUGAAGAAAGGAAUACACUAAAAAAAAAACAAGGAAACAAAAAAGAAACCAAUAAGAACAACCGAGCAAAAUCUAAUUUUCGAGCUAAACUAAAUGUGCAUCUCAGUGUGUGUGUCUGUAUAUGUAUGUUUGUCAUCCAACUAGAUAUAUACACUAUAUAAUUAUAUAGCUAACAUAUAAGCAAGAAAUGAUAAUUACUACGGCAAAGGAAAUCUCCCACAAAAACUACAAAUAAAGUUUAAAAAAUAAAAACAAAUAUACAAGUAAAUUGAAGCGAUG